CCGAGAGGGCGUGCUUCGUUCGCGCGCGCACAGCUUGCGCUCGGUCGGGUGGGGUCCGCCGCCGGGACUUGAGGAUGGGGGAGUAGCUGCAGGAAGCGACCCCGCUACACCGAGAUUGACAUUUUGGGAGACAAUUUCAUGAUGCUUGAUGCACUCUUGGAGUAAUGUGAACAGAACUUCUCCAACUUGCAUAUUAUAUCAGCUGGAACCAGCGGUGUAUUUUAAUGUUCACUUAAAUCAGAACUUGUAUAAGAAAAAGAAUGGAAGUCUGGUUAAAUAAAAAUGACUAUGUCAGAGACUUCAAAAGGAUCAUUCUUUGUUUUCUAAUAGUAUAUAUGGCCGUUUUAGUGGGCACAGAUCAGGAUUUUUACAGUUUACUUGGAGUAUCCAAAACUGCAAGCAGUAGAGAAAUAAGACAAGCUUUCAAGAAAUUGGCAUUGAAGCUACAUCCUGAUAAAAACCCGAAUAACCCAAACGCACAUAGUGAUUUUUUAAAAAUAAAUAGAGCAUAUGAAGUACUCAAAGAUGAAGAUCUGCGGAAAAAGUAUGACAAAUACGGAGAAAAGGGACUUGCAGAUAAUCAAGAAGGAGGCCAGUAUGAAAGCUGGAAUUAUUAUCGUUAUGAUUUUGGUAUUUAUGAUGAUGAUCCUGAAAUCAUAACACUGGAUAGAAGAGAGUUUGAUGCUGCUGUUAAUUCUGGAGAACUUUGGUUUGUGAACUUUUACUCUCCAGGAUGUUCACACUGCCAUGAUUUAGCUCCCACAUGGAGAGACUUUGCUAAAGAAGUGGAUGGAUUACUUCGAAUUGGUGCUGUAAACUGUGGUGAUGAUAGAAUGCUUUGCCGAAUGAAGGGAGUCAACAGUUAUCCCAGCCUCUUCAUUUUUAGGUCUGGAAUGGCUGCAGUGAAAUAUCAUGGUGACAGAUCAAAGGAAAGUUUAGUGAGUUUUGCCAUGCAGCAUGUUAGAAGCACCGUGACAGAAUUAUGGACAGGGAAUUUUGUUAAUGCCAUACAAACUGCUUUUGCUGCUGGUGUUGGCUGGCUGAUCACUUUUUGUUCCAAAGGAGGAGAUUGUUUGACUUCACAGACGCAACUCAGGCUCAGUGGCAUGUUGGAUGGUCUUGUUAAUGUAGGGUGGAUGGACUGUGCCACCCAGGACAACCUUUGUAAAAGUUUGGAUAUUACAACAAGUACUACUGCCUAUUUUCCUCCUGGAGCCACUUUAAGUAACAAAGAGAAAAGCAGUGUUUUGUUCCUUAAUUCAUUGGAUGCUAAAGAAAUAUAUUUGGAAAUAAUGCAUAAUCUUCCAGAUUUUGAACUACUUUCGGCAAACACACUAGAGGAUCGGUUGGCUCAUCAUCGGUGGCUCAUAUUUUUUAAUUUUGGAAAACAUGAAAAUUCAAAUGAUCCUGAAUUGAAGAAACUAAAAACUCUACUUAAAAAUGAACAUAUUCAAGUUGGCAAGUUUGACUGUUCCUCUGCACCAGACAUCUGUAGUAAUCUGUAUGUGUUUCAGCCAUGUUUGGCAGUAUUUAAAGGACAAGGAACCAGGGAAUACGAAAUUCAUCAUGGAAAGAAGAUUCUAUAUGAUAUACUUGCCUUUGCCAAAGAAAGUGUUAAUUCUCAUGUUACCACACUUGGACCUCAAAAUUUUCCUGCCAAUGACAAGGAACCGUGGCUCGUUGAUUUUUUUGCCCCAUGGUGUCCACCGUGUCGAGCUUUAUUGCCAGAGUUACGAAAAGCAUCAAAGCAUCUUUACGGUCAGCUUAAGUUUGGUACACUAGAUUGUACAGUUCAUGAGGGACUCUGUAACAUGUAUAACAUUCAGGCUUAUCCAACAACAGUGGUUUUCAACCAGUCCAAUGUUCAUGAAUAUGAAGGACACCACUCUGCUGAACAGAUCUUGGAAUUCAUAGAGGAUCUUAUGAAUCCUUCAGUGAUCACCCUGACACCCACCACUUUCAACGAACUAGUUAAACAGAGAAAACAGGAUGAAGUCUGGAUGGUCGAUUUCUAUUCUCCUUGGUGUCAUCCCUGUCAAGUCCUAAUGCCAGAAUGGAAGAGAAUGGCCCGGACAUUAACUGGACUGAUCAAUGUGGGCAGUAUAGACUGCCAACAGUAUCAUUCUUUUUGUGCCCAAGAAAAUGUUCGGAGAUACCCUGAGAUAAGAUUUUUCCCCCCAAAAUCAAAUAAAGCUUAUCAGUAUCAUAGUUACAAUGGAUGGAAUAGAGAUGCUUAUUCCCUGAGAAUUUGGGGUCUAGGAUUCUUACCUCAAGCAUCCAUAGAUCUGACGCCUCAGACUUUCAAUGAAAAAGUUACACAAGGGAAAAAUCACUGGGUGGUUGAUUUCUAUGCUCCUUGGUGUGGACCUUGCCAGAAUUUUGCUCCAGAGUUUGAGCUCUUAGCUAGGAUGGUUAAAGGAAAAGUGAAAGCUGGAAAAGUAGACUGUCAGGCUUAUGCCCAAACAUGCCAGAAAGCUGGCAUCAGAGCCUAUCCAACUGUUAAAUUUUUUCCCUACGAAAGAACAAAGAGAAAUAUUUGGGGAGAGCAAAUAGAUUCCAGAGAUGCAAAAGAGAUUGCUACCUUCAUAUAUGAAAAAUUGAAAAAUCUCCAAAAUCAUGGAAAGAGAGAUAAGGAUGAACUUUAAUGAUGUUAAAGAUGAAGAAAAAAGAGAAGGAAUUCUAACAAAUGACAUCAGAAGACAUCUUUUUAGGAUGUUACUACUUGGUGGGAAUAAAUGAACAUUAUCUUGGACUUGUAAUUGCACUGUCUGAAUUCUGUACAACACUGGUAUAAAUGAAGGGUCUGCAAACUUUUUCUAUAAAAGGCCAGAUUGUAAAGAUUUUAGGCUUUGUAAACCAUAUAUAGUUGUCACAUACUGUUUUUGUUUUGUUUACAGCCCUUUAAAAGAAUGCAAAAACCAUUCUUAGCUCAGGGCCAUACACAAACAGACCACAAACCACAUUCAGUUCAUGGGCCAUAGAUUACUGACCCCUGGAAAUGAUGUUAAGACUGGCUGGCACAAACAGGAGCCUGUUGAGUUAUGUACAUAUGUGUCUAAGUUGUACGAAACUGGUCUCUUAUUUCUUAAAGUUUUGUGGCUGGCCUGAAGAGACGUAACUUAGUUUUUGUCACCUGUUCUGAAAUGGGAUGAAACAGAUUCUGUUUCCUUUAAAAAAAAAAAACACACUCCCAUUGUGGCAAACAUACCCUGUUUUAAUGGUGUUUUAUAGUGAAGCAACUUUCCAUUUUCUUUCUAAAGUUUAAAGAACUGAUUUUAAUUUUUCACAAUUGAGAAAAGUUUUUGUAACAAUAAAUGAACCCAGUAGAUUUCUACAGCCUCUAGAAAUACCUGAGGAAAACAAUAUUUGGAGCUGGUAAGUGGGCUGUGUAGUGGGCCCAAGUAUAUCAAGUAUAUCAGGUAUUUAGAGUUCUGGAUUUUAAACAUAGGUGUUUAUUUAUCUUCUGAAUAGCUUUCUUAGAAGUUUUACCCUGCGAUAGUAAUUGACUUUUGAAGUAUUGUUCUAAUAUUUAUGGUUUUUGUCUUCUGGACUUUGUUUUGAUAUAGAUCCUUUAUUUACAUUUGCCUCUUCCCCUCCCCCCACAGUUGAAGUUUUUUUCACUCGUCUGAUUUAUUAUUCAAAUAGGAAAAGUAACUUUACUGUUUUGUUUCACUGUAGCUCAUAAUGACACUGCGGUUAUUCCAUUUAUUAGUUUGCUGUUGAAUGCUGCCAUUUUCAGAUAAAUAUUGGCAUAACAACUUAUUUUUAUAAGAAAAGUAUAUAAAUCUAAGGCUGGGCUCUUUUCAUUUCUUGGUUGUUCAGACUAAAAGAAUCUGGAAUUUUCCUUGCAUCUUAACAAAACAUGUCAGUAAUGUGUAGUUGUUUAGUUACAGUUCAGAGUGCAUUAAAAACUCUAAUUGUUUGAAAGAGGUCCGCAAAUUAAAAAAAAAUUUCCCCAAAAACUUACUAGAAUUAUGCUCUAUUAUAUUGGAAGAUUUAUUUGAUGUCACUUUAUCUCCUUCUCAGUAUUUCCUCAUGAAGAUAAUUAUUUUAUCACUGCAAUAUCUACCAAAAAAAUUUUUUUUCUAGUCUAAUCCUAUUCAUACCCUCCAUUUUUGCUUCAGUUGAAUCCUUUAAGUCCUAUUACCCUUGGAUUCCACUUCACAUAUGUGAGCAGUAACAGAAUAAUUGCCACUUCUAACUUUAAUACCACCUUUUUGAAAUACGAUCAGUAAUGGCAAGUGCCUUUCAUAUGUUAAAUUUUCACUGCCUGGAAAUCUCAAAAUUGGCUUUCCACAAUAAUUCCAAAAUGGAAGAUGUAAAGAAGUCUUGGUAAAUGUUUAUUGAAUUAACAUAUCAAUUAGGCAAAUACCACUGUGCUGGACACUGAGGCAUAUGUAGAAGGAAUCUAAGGGAUGGUUCCUCUCUCCCAAGUGUCUGUAAUUCACAGUUCUGACACUGAACCCAUAAAUAGGUUUAUAGGUACCUAUACUACUAAAUAUAAAUACAAUUCCAAACUUAUUGAGAAACGUUAUAGGCAGUAAAAA